GUAACCUGAUUACACCAAACAGUUUUAGCAGCUAAGGAUCAUGACUUAAGGUCACAGAGACUAAUGGCUGUUCAGUGUGGUAUUAAGAUAUCACCUGACAGUAUUCUGAUCAAAGAUGCUCAGAAGGGAUCAAAGUUCAAUGUCGACAUAACCUUCCAAAAUUUCUCCAAAAAUUCCAAAGUCAUAAGACUACGUGGACCUGAAACUACACAUUUUCUGUUGAAAGCUCCAAAUGAAGAACAGCUAGUUGCAAGUGGCUUGGUCAUUAAUGCUACUCUUAAAUUUGACUGCAAGGAAGAGGGUCACUACGUGGACAAGAUAGUAGCAUUUGUGGAUAAUGAACCUGUUGUUGUUCCUAUAAAAGUAUUGCCACCCUCACCGAAAUUGGAAUUUGAGUCUCCAGUCAGUUUUGGUAUCUCGAUACCAGAUGGCUUGGUAUUAACUCGUUUUGUUGACAUCAAGAACAAUGGAAAACGAGCAGGAAACUUCCGGAUUGACUACGCUGGUGACCAGCCCAUUAAGAUAUUUCCCUGUGUGGGCACCAUAGAACCUGAUUGUUCUAGGAGUAUCAAAAUCGAGUUUAUAAGCCGAGAUUUAGGAACCUGGGAGGAGAUAGCUGGAGUAGAGUUAGAAGGGUCGGGGUACAUGGAGCUGAGAAUGUACGGUGAGGUUAGACCCAGUUCUCUCAUGCUCUUCAACAUUUCCGGUACUUCUCAUCUACAACUUAUUAACUUUGGGUCUACUGUGUUCGAGUGUGAGAAAUUUCAGCCGGCAGUGUUGUUUAAUAACGGUCCAACAUCUCUUGGAUUUGUGAUAAUAUUAGAAGAGGGAGGGGUGGCUCAAGAGAUAAAGCAAGGAGAUGAUAAGACCUUGCCUAGAUCCUUAUCAAGCUGCAUUACUGCUUCACCUAACCAGGGUGGUAUUGGACCGUACGAGAAAGUAGUUAUAAACUUCUGCUUCGCCCCGUCCUCCCAGUUCCUUCAGAGCGAAUGGGAACGAACCCGACUUAUGAACAAGGAGUUCGUGCUGUUCAUGCACAUUGUACCUAUUACUACUGUCCCUUCCGGCAAGAUGCUCAUAGAUGCGCAGUACAUCAAACAGAACAAGCUGACCCCGCUAGUUGAAGUAGGAGUGACUGGUAAAGCAGUAGGAGUGGAUGUGACUGUGUCUCCCAACAUUCUACACAAUCUGGGACAUUGUGAAGUGGGCAGCACUACCUCUGCUACUAUACUGCUAGCUAACAACAAUACUAUUCCUCUACAGUUCAACUUCUCAAAGAUAGCUCACUUUACAAUAGCACCAUCUUCUGGAAAGAUAGGUCCCGGAGAGGAGAUCCCAAUAGAAAUAACUUUCUGUCCUUCCCAGUUUGGAUCCUUCUCUAAAAAGGUACAGCUGGAUAUCCUUGGUAUUGGUAACUUUAUCACUGACACAAAUGGUGACGUUGAGCCGAAAGUGAUCGCUCAGGGCAAGCUUAAAGUUCUGAAGUGUAUCAACAUCCAGGUAAAAGGGGUGUGUAAGGUCUCAAAUCUGAACAAACAUACAAAGUUAGAGGACAUAAAGACUGGAGCUAGAAAACAGACUAAGUUUGAGAUGUACAGUUCUAUAAGGCCCAGCAACGACAGAGUCCACUCACUAACGACAUUCUCAAAGUUAGAGAGAUACUCGUAUGUAGACGAGGACUACGCGUACACGGAGGGACAACAGGGAGAAAGAGAGGCUCACAGAGACAAAUACAAACACUACGUAGACUCUCUCAGGGAGAGCAGACUCUCUAAACUCAAGCGACGCACGGACAAAAUACCCAGAGAGUUACUAGAGUUCGAUAACGACACUGAUAUUGGCAUAGUGCCAGGUUGUGGCCUUAUUCCUCCUCCGAUAGUGGACUCCUACAACAACUACCAGAAGCAAGUUCCAACACCUCCCGAUGGGCUAUCCGAGAAAGUGCUGACGUCAGUAGAGUUGGCCUCAAGACAAGCUAGUUUACAGAACACUGUAACUACAACCAACAACCAGCCUACCACUGCACAGGAGAAGAGAGAUUGCAGCACCAGACUCUCUCCUCAACAGAUGCACCAGAUAGUCAUCGGACCAUCAACAAUCGACUUCGGUGAAGUAGCUAUACGGACAGUGAAUACCAAACCUCUUGUUAUCGUCAACCAUCUGGACAUCCAUGUCUUCAUUCAGAUCGAGAUAGAUUGCCGGGAGUUGCGACAGUGUCUGCCACUCACUCAGGUCAUCCCACCACGAUCUCUCUCUAAAGUGGAUGUCGUGUUCGAGUCUCAGAAAGCUGGAAUUUUCCAGAGGAGUGUGGUCUACACUGUGAACAACCACAUAAAACAACAUAUCAACAUCUUAUCUAAGAUUGUGACUCCGGAGAUAUCUUUAUCUCAUUCCGAUGUUACACUGAAACCCACGCUUGGGGUGCCUCAAACCUAUGACUCCACAGGUUAUAGUGAGGUAAUUAAACUGACGAACAAGACAAACGGAGCCGCAGAGUUCACUUGGAGACCUGAUAAGAUUAGCCCGUUUGCAGUGCGACCCUCACAGGGAACUGUUGAGCCACACUCGACUCUGAACUGUGAAGUUCUCUAUUUCCCCUCUGUCAGCUCGCCUCUAGAUGCUGUGUUUACGCUGGAUGUAGUGGAGGGUAACACUGAGCAACUUAGUUGUGUUGCGGAGUUUGCUAGCCCGUUAGUAAAGUUUGUAGAGAGACGGUUAGGUGUAGGAGUGCUGCCUCUACAUGUUCCCCACAAAGUCAGCGCUGCUCUGAAGAAUACCGGACAUCACCACGCCUUCUUCCAGGUUCUUAACUCACAGCCGACUCCGUUCUGCACGGUGAAACCAGAGUCAGGCUGUAUCCCUGUUGGCGGUAUGGUUAAUCUGGAACUAUCAUUCUUUGCUGUGGAUAUCGAGAAGUUCGACUUUAAGAUAGAUGUCAGGAUCAGAGGAGGUAAGAAGCAGACUCUGAGGGUAGGAGGAUCAGUGGAACCUCCCCUAGUGGAAUGUGAUCUGGAUACUUUCGCAUUCCACGGUGUGCACGUGGGCUCUUCUCUGUCCAAGAGCUUCAACCUGGUUAACCCGAUGUGCUCGGAGGCUGAGAUCGUCUACAAUUUGAACAAGUUCAAGGAUUUUAAACUGGAGAUACCCCAUAGGAACUUCGCAGAUGAUGACAAGAAGAACUAUGUAGAAGAUAACUAUUAUCAUAUCUACCUGAGUCCGGGAGAGAAAGUCAACGUAAACCUGCUCUUCUCUCCUCAGCAGGUGGCAAGCUACGAUUUCAACCUGCCAGUACUGAUAAACGACAUGAUAGCGCCUCCUCCGCCCAACCGCAAGAUAAGCACUGCUCUCUCCAGAACUAGCUCUGUUACUGAGUCUCCACAGUCAUGUGUGAUGUCCACACCCUGCAGAAGAGUCACAGCUACAGCAAUGUUCCCUAUACUCACAGUAGACAAGUUGGAGGUUAACUUCACUGCGUCUCCCUUCACCACUGCCACCUUUACUCCCGAACCCUCUAAUAGCAACGGGUUCAAAAUAACAAACGAAGGAAAAGAGGACGUUACCUUUUCGCUGGAUAUCAAAGAAUACAGUAACAUAUUCGAGCAGGGCGUUUUCAGGUUUACAAACGAUAAGAAUGUUCCAACUCUGCCAGCUCUAAUCGAUGUGCACUCUGUUAACUGGAAGACUCUGAAACCCGAGGAGUCUACCUUCAUCGGACUACAAUUCAUUCCGGAUAUCACACGUUCUGCAGGUAAGGACUGCCACUACGAGAUGAUUUUACCGUUAGUCCUCCAGUCAGUGGAGCGGUACCCUUACCGUGUCCUCUCUGUCACCGGGUCUCUGGAGCCUCCCAAACUACAGUUCUCCUCUCAGCACCUUAUGUUACUGCCCACACCCCUCUCUGCUAGUAUUGCUACUUCUCUUCAGCUCACUGCUCUCAACUACACCUGUCCAGUGGAGAUAACAAUAGAGAUAGACGAGAUAAGAUCAGAUGAAGGUGACGUGAUCACCCCCAUCACCGUGAACCCGGAGAAAGUGAAACUGCCUCCCUGCUCUAAGGACAAACCCUCUCAGACGAUUACACUGGAGAUAAACUACUGCGCUGAAAAGAGCACUAGCUUUGUGACUAGACUUGUCUUUAUUGAUCCUCUUAACAACACGUUUUCUGUGUCAUUAACAGGGACCUCGGAGAACUGUCUGCUGACUAACUACCCCUUCGUAAACUCUAAUCCUCGCUUCCACCUCCUCUCUGGAGAGACGGAGUACACUCAACAGUACACCCCUCCUACAGCGACCCCCUCAACAGUGUCCCUGAUCUCCGGAGGACAGUGCGAAUCAGCACCUCCCCUCUAUACACCCCUCUCUACUCUGAGUCUGAGGGACGGGGCAAGGAACGCUUUCAGGGCUUACAUCACCCCUAUCAAAACUCAUGCUGCUGAGAAAGACGAAGAGGAAGAAGAGGAAAUAAAAGAAGAAGAGAGUUUCCUCCUACAAGUACUGAACAGUGCAGAGAGGUGGAUAUCCCAGAUGGGGUGGUCUAAUCUUCCUAACCCUGUUUCAAUACCUCAUACUAUAUGGCAGACUGUCCUCCUUAAAAAGGGAACUGUAACUAACGAUGGUGGUAAGAGACGGAGUGUGUUUGAGCUGGUACAGAACCUGUGUGGUAGACCAAUACCUGGUAUCCCUGUAAACCCUCCCAUCCCAACUAACGCUCAGGAGAGAGUCAAACUACUACACUGGCAACUCAAUACUAUGCUCACUUUCCUAAAGGUACAAGGAGCGAAGCUGACCCACGUUAAAGCAGAGUGGUUCCUGAGUCUCUCUGACUUCCUGCUCUGGUCUCAUCUCUCAAACUUCGAGUGCGGACUUCCGUCCGAGUCCGAGGAGAUCCUGGUUGUGAAGCACGAGAAAUACUCCAGCCAGGCCUGGGUGGACUUGGUCCUUCAGCUCGCUAAAGUGUUUGUUUUGGUCAAGGUCAAACCUUCCAAGUCACUUCCCGCUAACUCUGAUUCCUACAAAUCUCUGGCCAGGUCAGUGUACAGCAGAGAAGAGAGGACGCUGCUAGGAUGGCUCUCUCAUCACUACGAGACCCAGAGGAAGGUUAUCUGGAGUGAGAACUCCCCUCCUACUCGCUGGAUCGUCUCUUUUGAUAAUGAUCUGUUAGAUGGGCUCGUGCUCGCGGCUCUCCUGUCCUCUUACUGCCCCUUCUUGGUGAACCUCCAUUUCUCUGACAUGUACCUGAACGUGAGGUCCCCGGAGGAGUGUUUCCACAACGCUCUCUCUAUAAUACACGCCCUGCGGACCCUGGGGAUGGACUACGAUAUCCAUCCUACUGAUAUAAUGCAGCCCAAUGCCAUUAACAUGCUCCUCUUUAUUACUCAUCUCUACAUUACACUUCCUCAGUACAAACCUAAAACAACAGUAAUGUUUGAAGGAGCGUUACACCAGCCUGUUCUAAAGGAGCUGAAGGUUCAGAACCCUUCCAACAAGACAAUCUCCUACUGUGUGACUGUAGUGGGUGAGGACCACGCCUCGUUCUCUGUACAACCUUCUACUCUCAAUAUAAGUGCUAACUCUCACGCACUGAUAAAGGUCCGGUUCAGUUCGAGCUGGCUGCACCCUUGCAACGCUGCCCUCAUGUUAGUUUCCAGACGAACUGGGGUAGCGUGUGGCAGCACUCUCGUGUUCAGUCUACAGUCCCUCGUCAACGACAUUUUCCCUAUCAGUACAGUCCAAGUAGAGAGUGCAGUGUACAAGCCUCUCAAGUUCCCCCUCUCUGUAACCAACCCUCUCGGUAACGGUGGAUCCUUCAAGAUAGCACUGGUGGAGAGUAAGGGUUUAAAGGAAGGACUGAAGAGCAGAAAGAAGCAGCAAAACCCUAACAUAUCCGACACAACCGUUGGGAGUUUCGACGUGACCAAAGCUGCGGUGCCGACAAGUUCCCCAUCAUCAUUCUGGUGCUCUGAGACCACAGUGGAGCUAGCACCAGGGGGUACUGCUAACCUAGAGCUGGAGUUCCUGCCCCUCUCACCCUGGCCCCAGGAACUGUGCUCUCCUCUUUUCUUGUCCGGGAGUUGGCGAAUUCUUACAGGUUUGACUUAUUAUCUCAAUCCUAUUGUACUGGAUCCUGAAAACAUAGAAGGGAUGGGACUGUAUCCUGAACCACUAAACUUGUCUAAAAACAAGGAUAUCAGACUGAAAUCUCCUGUAGACAGAAUGAGACAGGAUAUCCUCGGCUCAGGUAGCAGUAACGUGAUAAGGUACCGGUGUGACCCUGAAAAGGAGCUGGAGGGGGUACUGGAGAUCCCCGCAGAGAACCCCCAGAAGAUGGAGGCUCUCAUCGAGACCGCUCAGCACAGGAUGAGUGAAACUGAGAUAAGAAGACGAAAGUUGACUGGAACGCUGGCCAGUGCCAGUGUAGCCUGUUUGGAGCAGGUAAACAAGGAACCCAACAAGCCCGACGACACCGGCCACUUCAAGGUUCACUGCAACAGCAAACACUUCGUGUUCCCGGAGCGGGUAUCAUGUGAUCCGGGCAUUGGAGCUAAACUUCCUUUCACCUUCCAGGCGGACGGACAAGGGUUCUACCCAGCCAAGGUAGUUUUAGUAAACAGUGGCGAUAUCCGAGUGUACGAAUUGGAGGUUACUUGUACUCCCAGUACGACUCAGGCAGAGAUCCUCUUCAGUGCUCCUACAAUGCAGAGCGUUGUACAGGAGAUACCAAUCAUAAACGAAACGCAGCAUGAUUGGAAUUUGUCUGCUGUGAUCCAAGGUGAGGCGUAUCUCGGACCUCCUACCAUGCUCGCCAAAUCAUCCUCUACCUCACUUUAUCCUCUCAUGUUCAAACCUCUUUAUCAGGGCGAAAUUGAGGGAGAGUUGACGCUGACGAACGUAGCAAACGGAACAGUUCACAAGUUUAAAUUGUCCGGAUCAGGACUCAAGCCACUUCCACAGGAGACUGUUACUUUGAGGUGCCAUGCCAGACAGAAAUCUUCUCAUACUGUCUACGUUCAUAAUCCUUCUGAGAGGAGAAAAACUUUCCAGGCGUACACUGAUCUGGAUUGCAUAGUGGGACUACACGAGAUCUCGAUAGAAGGAGGAAUAUCAGUUCCUUACGAGAUCACAGCUUAUCCAAUAAAGCAGGGGGUUUACAAAGGCGUUUUCAGCUUCGAGUCAAUCAAAGGGUCUGUUAGUGGGAGAGAGAGUACAAGUAGUAACACAACAGAAGCACACAGCGUCUGGUACUCCGUGGAGAUAUUUGUAGACCCUCCUCCUCCAGAGAAGACUGUUGAUCUCUUCUGUGAGGCUAAGAAAGCGCUAACUCUAGAGCUGUCUAUCUCUAACCCGACUGAUAAGGAAGUGAUAUUUGAUGUAGCGUGUGAAGGGGAGGGGGUUUCAGGACCCCCGACUGUCUCCGUGGGCCCCAAGACAGAAGCUUGCUAUGAGAUCCUUUACAAGCCAACCUUUAUUGGAAAAUCUGCGGGAAAAGUUGUGUUUGUCAGCGAAGAGCUCGGAGAGUUCUGGUACGAGGUGAAACUGAACGCAGAGAAACCCCGCCCCGUUUCCCUGCCACAGAUGUGCGCUGAACUGGGUAAAACUGAGACUACCCUGAUAUCAGUGAGGAACGAUCUGCCGGACAGCUGUCUGGUUCACAUCACUCUUUCUAACACUUCCCACUUUGUGCUGCACAGUCAGAGGAAAGUAUCAGUCCCAGGAAAUGGUAAAGUAGACCUGGAAGUAACCUUUAUACCUUCGUCUCUUGGUAGCAGUGACAAACAUACUUGUCACGUUGAGUUCUCCAGCCCUCAGUUAGGAGAAUGGUCGUACACCUUGCAAGGACAGGGUAUAAGACCCACAGUGAUGGAUCCUGUGAAUAUCGCCUGCUCUCUAGGACAAGUCACCCAGACUCUCCUACCCUUCAAGAACCCUCUAGAUCAUCCUAUAACUGUGUCAUGUAGACUUCUGGAGAGGAAUAAGAUAGAACACAAAAUUGCCCCAUCAGAUGAACUGUUCGAGCUCCUAGUGAAUGAGGAGCUGAUGACGGUGCCAGAGCGGGGUGUCCUGGAAUUACCAUUCACCUUCAGACCUUUGGACAUGGUUCAGGCUUCUGCGUAUAUUGUAGUGGAGGUAGUUGAGGAAGGAUCCAAAGUGGACGGUGUUAAAUGGCAAUUCCCUGUAAAGGGAACGCCAGUUUUCAAUGUUAGUAAAGGUUACCAGUUACCGGUAAUAAGUUGCAAGUCAAAAGAACGGAAGGAGUGCUUCAUGGAAAUAAUUCUGGAUACGAACUCAGUGAAACCUACACAGAACGUGAAAUACACUGAGGCAGCCAUAAGCGAUAGACCGAGUGAGCUAAAAGAAGGAUGGAAGAAGAAGGAAUCCGAACAAGAGUUCACUUUCUCAGUAGACGAGACAAAUCUGCUUUCUUUACAACACUGUUCUUCUUCUCACAUAUCUCCUCCUGGCCUCAGUCUCAUUACCUUUACUCUAGUCUUCGCUCCCGGCAAACCCAUCAAGAAGACAGUAAAGUUAACAGUGGACAGUAAAAAUGGAGGUCGGUGGAUCUACCCGUUCACAAUCCACUCUACCUCAGCCGAACCUGACGACAGUAUCGUGAUUAGAGCUUCAGGUCUGCACAAGGACUCUGUCGUGGGCAUCAGACUCAACAGCCUUGAUAGUUCCAGUAUCUCGUACGAAGCAUAUCUAGAUAAGGGAUCAGAUCCUGAUUUCAGGGUCUAUCCUCCGACAGGACAGCUUCUGCCUCUGGGAACUGAGGGAACUCUUAUUUGUGUCGCUUAUAAACCCACCCUUUACGGAAAAACUCACAACGCCAAACUUAUUGUUCAGACUCCGACAAACCAGUGGUCGUACGUGAUCCAGGGACAAAGUCCGGCUUUUAGUGUGCCAGUUGGAGUGACCACCACCCCUAGCAGGCUACCAAAGCCCUCUCCAGGUGUCAAGAAGAACUUUAUCAGACAAAAUAUGCGGGUCCUUGCUCAGAAUACUCCGUGAACAAUGUUGUGAACAAUGUUGUGAACAAUGUGCCUUCGGGCUGAGAGGAGCGUGUUUUUAGACUUUUCGUACAGACACUGAUAUUGAGAUGAUUAUUCA